AUGACCCUCGAAGAAGUAAUAAAACUUGAGAUGCCGAAAUUUAAUUCAUUUGAAGAAGAACGUCAGCAUAGAAAACAACACCUGGCUGCAGCUUUUCGUAUUUUUGCAAAAUACGGUUUUGAUGAUGGAUUCGUUGGCCAUAUUUCAUGCCGAGACCCUGAAUUUCCUGAUCGUUUCUGGCUAAACCCGCUUGCCACGCAUUUUUCGCAAAUUAAAACGUCCGAUUUGAUAUUAGUGUCGCAUGAAGGCGAAUUACUUUCACCAAAUAAAGGCAAAAAAAGUUUAAUUAAUCGCACUGCCGUAUUGGUCCAUGCAGAAAUACACGAAGCUAGACCGGACGUCGUUGCUGCCUGUCAUUGCCACACAGUGUACGGACGCGCUUUUUCUUCUCUCGGUCGUCGACUCGAUCCUAUAACUCAAGACGCUUGUGUUUUUUAUAAUGAUCAUACAGUAUUCGAUGAUUUUAGUGGCGUGGUUGUUGAAAAGAGUGAGGGCGUGCGUAUAUCACAAGCUCUCGGACCUCGUAAAGCUAUUAUUCUUCAGAAUCAUGGAUUGAUGACUGUUGGACAUUCGGUAGACGAAGCUGCAUGGUGGUUUAUCGCAUUGGAGCGCGCUUGUCAAGCGCAGUUACUUGCUGAUAGCGCGUGUGCUGGAAGAGCUAAAGAUGAAACACCUAUUAAAAUUAACGAAAAAUUGGCGAGUCAAACGCAUGAUUUCUUGGGAACUCCAUUCUAUGGAUGGCUCAAUUUUCAGCCGCUCUACGACAUGGUUAUUGCUGAACAACCCGACCUAUUGAAAUAA